AUGUCGAAGAACGUAGUCAUGAAGCUCCCAAGCAUCAAAGCGGAGGAGACUUCCCGCAGAUGGACCAAGAAGAUGCAGCAAGAGGAACUCCAGGAGUUCCUCCAUGCAUAUGGCUGUGAUCAUGUGAAUCGUCCACAAAAGAAGCCAGGGAAGGAGACCUUCUACCCAGUGCAUUUGGCUGCACUCUUGGGCGACGCCACUUUGAUGCGCUUGUUGCUCCAGCACGGCGCAAAUGUCCAGCAGCGCAGCUCGCUGGGCCGCAGUGCAUGGGAAAUGGCCGUGCAGAAGAAUGUCCAUGGAUCGCAUGACGAGGUGCUGCUUCUCCUUGCUGAGCCGGUCACCUUUUGCAAUCUCCGCGCCGCGAUGCAGCUCAUGCAGGAGGCGCCCAUCAGUGCUCGCAAGCCACGUUCUGUCUUGGUGAACGUUUCAUGA